UGUGCUGCCAUCAGACUUAUCUUAACUUCAGAACUAUGUGUGCAGCCGAGAAUGGCGGACGCCAACGCUAUUGAGGAGCUGCAGUCGGAGCUCACCUGCCCGGUGUGUUUGGAGCUCUUCCAGGAGCCGGUGAUCCUGGAGUGCGGACACCACUUCUGCCAGGUGUGCAUCAUCCAGUGCUGGGAGGCCAAGGCGGACGAGCUGCCGAGUUGCCCAAAGUGCAGAAAGUCGUGCGGACGUAAACUGCGACCCAACUCGCUGCUGUGCAACGUGGUGGACAGUGUGCGCAGAGCCCGGGCCAUGGACACAGCCGCGGGGACGCACGGCUGGGACUCGGAGGGUGCUCUGGAGGAGCCGGAGGAGCGCGAGCCCGGGUCCAGCAUGAGCAGCGUGGCCUCGUCCAUCGGGCUCUGGCCGCGCCUGUGGAUGGAUAUGUGCGAGGAGCAUGAGGAGAAGCUGAAGCUGUACUGUGAGGACGACCAGCUGCCCAUCUGUCUGGUGUGCGGCAUGUCCCGGGACCACAAGACCCACAAUGUCAUCCCCAUUACCGAGGCCUUUGAGAACUACAGGGAUAAGCAGGCUGUCGCUCUGGAGAGGGUUCUGCUGCAGACUGAGGAGGCCACACUUUUCCAAAGACAGACCAAUGAAAAGAUCCUCCUCAUAAAGGAGCGAGCUGGAGAUCUGGAGGAGAUGGUCACUGCAGAGUUUGGCCGUCUGAGGGAGUUCCUCCUGGAGGAGGAGGAGCGCAUCAGGGAGAAACUGCAGAAGCAGAAAGAGGAGAAGCUGAACCAGCUGGAGGAGGCACUGACUCACACCACAGAGCAAAUCAGCCAAAUGGAAAGCAUGGCGGACGAGCUUCGCCUCAAACUCAGAGAAGACGAAAACCCAGAGCAGCUCAAGGGAAUCAAAGAUUUCAUUGGAGGGGCUGACAGCUUCUUUGAGCGCCCCCCAGAGGUGAGUGUGGACCUGCAGUCUGGAGAGUUCCUGGGACCUCUGCAGUACAGGACCUGGAGGAAAAUGAGCUCAAUUUUCCAGCCAGCUGUCACAGCAGUGACCCUCGACCCGAACACAGCAUACCCCUGCCUGUGGGUGUCCCAAUGUCGCACCAGCGUCCAGGUGGGAAAAAUCCAGCCCAACCUGCCCAACAACCCUGAGCGCUUCACCCUCUACAACAUCGUCCUGGGCUCUGAAGCCUUCUCCUCUGGCAGACACUACUGGGAGGUGGAGGUGGGCUCUAAGACAGCGUGGGGUCUGGGUGUAGCCGCAGCCUCCGUCAACAGGAAGGAGGAGAUCAGUCUCUGCCCAGAUGAUGGUUUCUGGACCCUGGUGCUAAGGGACAACGGAGAUGGCACCAGUGAGUACGAAGCGUGCACCGACUCAGACGAGAGCUUGAUAUAUCCGUCCAAACCCCCCAGGAGGGUGGGGGUCUACCUGGACUACAGUCGUGGUGACGUGGGGUUUUACGAUGCGGGGAACAUGAGUCACCUCUUUACCUUCUAUAACGCAAAAUUCAAAGAGCCAGUUUUCCCAUACUUCAACCCCUGGCCGAUUAUCAACGGAUGCAACCGGGAGCCGCUCACUAUAGUAACACCACACUGGGGAUAGACGUCUUUUCUUUUUCAUCAGAAAACACAUUCAGAAUAAAACUGCAGAAAAAGACUCAGCAGCUGAUGGACUCAUGUCACGACCACACGCAUUUGCCUUCUCAUAAAGACUUUGCUGUAAUGAUGAUGUGGUAAUGAUAAACAUGCAGGUAACUCUGAAAUGUAAGACUGGAAAUAAGAAAACAAAACUACUAAUGCACAAGAGGGGUUAAACUUGUCAGCACAACAACCUGCAAUCGCCGAUACAGUCACGCAGAACUGUGUGCAUCAGCUUGGAGAUGUGUACGAGUGGCAUGUUCGUGUUUUUUUUCACAAAAUGUCUAGAAAAGAUAUAUUCUGAGACAUAUUUUCCUUAUUUAAUGGAAAAAUACAACCUUUUGUAUUCACAUUUCUCUUGCUGAGUUCAAAUGUUACUAGUGUUUACGACAUGGGAAGUCAUGUACACAAAGUUAUGAACUCAGAGCUCACAAAAUUUACAAGGUCAUGAAUACCACAUCAGGGAGGCCUUCAUGUGGUCACUUCUCGUGAACAUCGAAACACGGCCCCAUUUGAACGCAGCAUCUCUUUCACAGAAAUAAGGUGAGCUUAAUUGAAAUGUUAGCUAAUCAGAAAACACACUAAAUUAAACUGGACAGUCAGAAAAUAAAAUUUUCUAAAACUGUCUUGGUUAAAGGAUUGAUCCAACAAUUAGUAACUUUAGUUCGGUCGAAAUAAACCCUUAAUUUACCAAGUUAUAUGUGAAAAUAUGCCGGCUGCACACGCUGUUUUCCCUGCCGUCUUCCAUUUUAACGCUGGGCAGCUGCUCUUAUUAUUCUCUCAAGGCACACCAUUAAGUAUGUGAAAUAAAAUGACAGAAAAAAGCAGUGUACUCAGCUAGUUGCAGAUAGCUGAUAUAUUUGUCCAAAUUGCCCAAUACUAAUAAAUGAAAAAUGACACUUUAAAGGUCAGGGCCGUUGAUAUUCUUCACUUUUUUCUCACUGUCAACAAAUCUCAUGAAAAUAUCAAAAACCUAUAAUGAAUUCAUCAGACUGACACAUAUGGGGCGUCCGGUGGCUCAGUGGCGAGAGCAGGCGCCACAUGUACAGAGGUUGUGUCCUCGCUGCAGCAGCAGCGGGUUCGAUUCUGGCCUCGGCUGUUUGCUGCAUGUCGCCCCCUCUCUCUCUCUCUCCCUCUUUGACUUUAAGUUGAUAUAUUUAAGGCAUAAAAGCCAAAAAAAAAUUUUUUUGAAAGGAAAAAAAAAACCAACAAAAAAACCCAAACACAUUUUUUUUCUGUGUAAUCAAAGAAUGAAUCUUACUUCUUACCUCCGUUUUAAUGCAAAAAACACAGUGCGCUCAGGAAGCUUGGUGGUUUGGUUUUUGCUCUGAGAGCACGGUGCAGUUUAAGGACUGGAAAAAGACAUAGAAUUUUUAAAAUCACUAGAAGCAGUAACGGCAUAUGCACAUGUAGAACGACAUUUCCAACCUGUGUAUCGUCAGCUGUAUGACCGUUUACAGACAGGCGUGUGCUUUUCCAGAUCAUGUCCAGUCACUUGGAUUCACAGCAGGUGCACCCCAAUCAGGGUGCAGAAACAAGGAUUAUCUCCCGGAUGAUCAGGAGAAAUGGGAAGCACCUGAGCUCAAUUUUAAGUGCCCUUUUUGUCCUGCUUUUUUUUGUUUUAAUUUCAAAAAAUGGGAUAUUAUGUGUAGAUUGAUGAGGGGAAAUUAAAUCAUUUGAGCUUAAACCUGCAAGAUAACAAAAUAAAAUCAUAGUGAAGGGGUCUGAUUGCUUUCUGAAUGCACUGUAUUAAAAAUACAUACAUGAGCCACACUGUUACGCUGGAUUACAUGUGCCUUUAUCACGAUGAACAUGGGCACUGUGGCUUAUUUUGAGUCAAUCCCACAAACACUGUGCUGCUGUUGUAAGCCCUCAACCGAGCACCAAAUGUGCAUUAAUCCAUGCCUGAAAGUCUUACACAAACACACCAUUUCCUCCUGUUGAAGGUGAGAUUAUAUUUUUUGUUACCUAAAAAAAUUAAAUAAAAAAAUACAUGUUAAAUAAAAAAACAAAAAAAGAAUGGGCUUGAGACUGAGAAACAAGGAUUAAGAGACAGACAAAUCCUAUGAAAUUUUGUAUUAGUUCUGAAAUCAUUAGAAAGGGGGUGAGGAAUAUUGCUUGCUAAUGUCGCCAAAGACUUUAAGAUUUCCUUUGGAGUUUCGGAUCUCCAGUAGCUGUGUGAAUUAUCAUGUGACUGCUUGCUAGUAAACAUUGUUGUAAACAAAGCAGGAUUAAAAGAAAAUCGGCUUUGCAAAUGUUUUAUGAGGAAGAAAAUGCAUUACACACGUUUGUUAGAGCUCUAGGAUAAACACGGUGUGUUUUGUUGAGUAACACUGAAUGCAAACUGACCUCACUUGUUUACAUAAAAACAUAAAAACUCCACAGGGUGAAUUUAACUUGUUUUUUUUUCAGAAUGGUUUUAAAAAUGUAUCAGCUCAUUUUGCUGCAAUAUCUUAUUGCAAUAUAAUAUACCCUUAUAUCUUUGUGUGCAGAAUAAUAAUAAAUAUUUUUCAGUGUUUAUAGUUGUUUUGUAUCCAAUCAUGAUAUGUGCAUCUGACGAAAUGAUGUCCACAGUAUAUUGAAGAUAAGUAAUAAAGACUGAUAUGUGCCAAUUUCCAAAUCA